UGUACAACAAGAAUUUUUCUUUCUUCACACCACCGGAAAUUCUUUUAAUAAAUUUCCACUCACCUUCUUCUUCUUCCUCUCUUCAUUCCAUAGCAUAAAGGAACCUGGGAUUUUCUCCAUUUUACAAACUCCAAGGAAAAAUCCAAAUAUUCAUGUGACAAUGCCUUCAAUCUUUGACAUUGAAGCUGGAAAAACAGCGGUGAAAGAUGAGGACGCAGAGAUGCGUUGGGCAUUCAUUCGCAAGGUUUACGCCCUUGUUUCCCUUCAACUCUUCCUCUGCACGGCCGUUGGCGUCGCCAUGUAUCUAAUCCCCGCCGUUAAGACAUUCCUGAACACCACCGGCGGGCUGAUCGCCUUCAUAGCCGUAAUCGUUCUCGUCUUUGUAUUUCUCAUAGCAAUGAUUUGCUACAGUAAGAUUCAUCCAUGGAACUAUGUUCUCCUUUUGCUCUUUACAUUCGCCGUGGCUCUCAUGAUUGGAGCGUCUUGCACAUAUAAAAAAGGAAUAUAUGUCCUGAUGGCUGCUGGCGCGACGGUUCUUGUAUUUGUCGUGCUUACCCUGUUCACAUUCUGGGCUGCAAAGAAAGGCUGGGAUUUCAAUUUUUUGGGUCCUUUCUUGAUGUGUUGUCUCAUGGUGCUCAUUGCCUUCGGUUUUGUGAAGAAGACCGACUGAUGCACCUGCUAGACGACUUGUUGGGUGGGGAGAAGAGUCAGAGAAGAGAGGGAGGGGAAGACCCAAACAGAUAUGGAUUAAAGUAAUCAGAACUGAUACGCGUCUUCUUGAGUUGGAUGAGAGUAUGGCUUUGGAGAGAGCAAAGUGGAGGGCGCACAUCCAUGUGGACGAUUGAUGUCUUGUCUACCUUUCCUCUCUUUUUUCUUUUAUCGUUUAUCUUCCUUAUCUUUUUAUAUACUUAUGUUAUUUUUAUCUUCUAGCUUUUUUAUGCUCUUUUAUUUUUUUUCUUUUAUCUUUGUUAUAUUCUUGUGUUAUUGUUAUCUUAUAUUUAUUUAUCUUUAUUUUAUUCAUUUUAUCUUACUUUUUUUCCUUUUCUUGUCCGUCUUCUCUUUUUGGCAUCGAUAUCAUAGAUCGAU